AUGAGCUAUCUCAAACAGAUCGACGUGGAAAACUUUAAAUCGUGGAGAGGGAAGCAGAUCAUCGGGCCUUUCCUCCGCUUCAGCUGCAUCAUCGGGACAAACGGAUCCGGUAAGUCGAAUGUGAUGGACGCUAUCAGCUUUGCCACAGGGGAGCGCUCAUCGUCCCUGAGAGUGAAGCACCUCAGGGACCUUAUCCACGGAGCGCACGUCGGUCAACCCGUGUCACGCUCUGCCACAGUCUGUCUGACGUACUGCAAUGAUGAAGAGGAGGAGACACAGUUCAGCCGCAGUAUCACUGGUGAUUCGUCAGAGUACCGGGUAAAUGAGGUCCAGGUGAAUCUAAGCCAGUACCUGAGACAGCUGGAGGAGAUCGGCAUCAUCGCCAAAGCACAGAACUGCCUCGUCUUCCAGGGCACGGUGGAGUCGAUUGCUCUGAAGGACCCUAAGGAGAGGACUAAGAUGUUUGAGAGUAUCAGCCAGUCCAGAGAGCUGUCCUCAGAGUACGAGCAGAAGAAGGCAGCCAUGCUCCGCGCUAAAGAGGACACACAGUUCCACUUCAACAAGAAGAAGUCUGCUGUGGUGGAGAGGAAGCAGGUUUCUCAGGAGAAGCUCGAGGCGGAGAGGUACCAGUCUCUGUUGGACGAGUUAAAUGAGCAGCGUCUUCAGCUCACUCUGACUCGUCUGUUCCACAGUGAGAGGAGCAUAAACUCUCUGAAUGAAGCUGUGAGGCUCAAACAGCAGGUGGUGUCGGUAAAGCAGAGCCAGUUGGGUGAAUGUGAGCAGAAGAUGAAAGCCCAGAGGAGAGAGCACGGACGACUGCAGAGAGACACACAGCUCCUCAACAAGAGCAUACGAGCUCAGGAGCAAGUGCUGUCCCAGUGCCAGUCUCAGUACAUAAAGGCCAAAGUGAACUCGUCUCACCAUAAAAAGAAGGUGGAGGAGACGCAGGUGGCACUGAGGAGAGCAGAGGAGCAGUUGGAGUUAAAGAAACAGGAGCUGAGACAGGGGAGGCAGGAGGUGGAGGAGCUGGAGGAGGCCUGGAGGAGCUAUGACCGAGAGGCCAAGAGACAGCAGAUGUCCAGGGACAUAGAACUGAACCAGGGCCAGUUGGAGCGUUACCAGGAGCUGAAGGAUCUGUCCCGGCGUCAGAGUGCAGUGUUAAACCAACAGGCCGAUAAACUGCACUGGGACAUCGAGGCUGACCACGAGAGACUGAGUUUAGACCAGCGCAGGCACAAGGAGGUCCAGGCUGGGAUCAGGAACUAUCAAACUCAGCUAGAGGAUGUGAUGUGCCGAGCCCAGAAACUAGAGGAGUAUACCGCCACCUGCAGAUCCUCCAUCGAUGCCCUCCAGGAGCAGGAGCAGUCUCUGAGCUUGCAGUUGCAGACGAGCAGAGCCAGAGCAGAGCAGGUGCAGACGGAGCUGGGGGCGGUGCUGCAGGAACUGGGCAACGCUCGACUGGAGACACAUGAAAACAAACGCCAAAGUCAGAGGAAGGAGGUCCUGGAGAGACUUCAGAGGCUGUGCCCAGAUACUGUGUACGGGCGCCUGUCGGACCUUGUCAGUCCCAUCCAUAAGAAAUAUCAGCUGGCCGUGACUAAAGUGUUCAGCUGCUUCCUGAACGCCAUCGUGGUGAGCUCCGAGCGCGUGGCCCGAGACUGCAUCCAGUUUAUCAAAGAGGAGCGCUGUGAGCCAGAGACAUUUCUGCCCAUCGACUACCUCGACGUACACCCUCUGAACGAGCGUCUGAGGGAGCUGUCUGGAGCCAAAAUGGCCGUGGACGUUGUUCAGGUGAGCUCCACUGCCAUCGCUCCACAGCUGCGGAGGGUGGUGCAGUUCGUUUGUGAGAAUACCCUGGUUUGUGAGACCAUCAAAGAGGCUAGAGUGCUGGCUUUUGACCGACGUGAGAGACACAAGACAGUGGCUCUGGACGGGACCAUGUUUUCAAAGUCGGGGGUGAUUUCUGGAGGCUCCAGUCACCUGAGGAGUAAAGCUCGCUGCUGGGACGAGGCUGAAGUCAAGGAGCUGAAGGAACGAAAGGAAAAACUUGCAAAAGAACUCAGUGAGCUGAUGAAGCUGAGCAGGAAGGAGGCUGACCUGAAGCAGAUCCAGGCCGAGUGUCAUGGAGCUCAGACCAGACUCAAGUAUUCAUCUACAGACCUGGACCUGCUCAGGAGGAGAGCUCUGCCUAAAAUACAGGCUGACAUCUCUCGCCUGGAGAGCGACCUCGCAAACCUGGAGUCAGAGAUCCAGAUGCAGGAGGAACAUCUGGAGGAGAAAGAGCAUCAGCUGAAGAGGAUCAGGAACCAGAUGGAGCAGAUGGAGGACGAGGUGUUUGCUGAGUUCUGUGAGGAGAUUGGAGUGAAGACUAUCAGAGAGUACGAGCAAGAGCAUCUCAAGAAUCACACGGAGCACGAUAAGAAGAGGCUGGAGUUUGAGAGUCAGGUGGUUCGUCUGAACGCUCAACUUGAAUAUGAACAAACUCAACUCCAACAGCAGAAGAAGAAACUGCAGCACCUACUUGAGACGGUGGAGAGAGAGGAGGAAGUCGUGGAGGAUCAGAGUCAGGAUGAGGAGAAUCUUCUGACCGCAGUGGAGGAUGGACAGAACAAAGUCCUGGACCUGAAAAACCAACUUCUGUCCAAGAAAAGUCAAGAGUCCAACGCCAAAGCUGAACUGGACCUGAGGCUGCAGAGACUUCAGGAGAUCAACAAGGAGCUGGUGAAGCUGCAGAUGGAGGUGAUGACUUUGGAGUCGGAGUUGGAACAGAAACGACUUUUCAGACACAACCUGCUCCUGAGCUGCAAGAUCCAGGGUCUGCCCAUCAGACUGAUAUCAGGAGACCUCAGCCACGUGUCACAGCUGGAGGAAGAGUCUGAGAGCACUCUGUCCACUGUGGAGAUCUACGAGAGAGAAGCUCAAAUCAUCAUCGACUACUCUGGCCUCAGAGAGUCUGUACAGUGUCUGCAGGAGGAGCAGGAGGUGGAGGCCUGUGUGGAGCAUCUGACCGACUCAUUACUGUCCCUAGAGGAGGUCCUGGGUCGUACAGUGGCUCCAAAUCUCAAAGCUCUGGAGAAGAUGAGACAGGUCAAAGAGAAGCUGCAUGACAUCACGGAAGCUUUCAAUGCAAGCAGCCGAGUGACGCGGAGGUGCAGUCUGGAGUUUGAGGCAGUGAAGAGUCAGAGAUGUCAGCUCUUCACUCAUUGUUUUGAACAUGUGUCUGUGAAGGUCGACGAGGUCUACAAACGUAUAUGUAGAAACAAGAGUGCACAGGCGAUCCUGAGUGCGGACAACCCGGAGGAGCCAUAUUUAGGAGGGAUCAGUUAUAACUGUGUGGCUCCAGGUAAAAGAUUCAUGUCCAUGGAUAAUCUGUCUGGAGGAGAGAAGGCUCUGGCGGCGCUCGCACUCGUCUUCGCCAUUCACAGUUACCGUUCGGCUCCGUUCCUGAUUCUGGAUGAAGUGGAUGCUGCUCUGGACAACUCCAACAUUGGAAAGGUGACGAGUUUUAUCCGAGACGAGUCCCGACAGAAUCUGCAGAUCAUCGUCAUUUCUCUGAAGGAGGAGUUUUUCUCCAAAGCCGAUGCUCUGCUCGGAGUUUACUCUGACUUGGACGAGUGGAUGUUCAGUCGUAUUCUGACCCUUGACCUGCGCCCGUACUUUCUUGCCUCUGACGACAACGGGCAACACUCGCAAAAUGGCCAACAGUAUCAAAAAGGCCACCACCACGAAGCCUCAGAUCACCACCGAUCUCCCACAACUCCAUAA